UCCCCCUUCUGCCAACUUAGUUUAUUUAUAACACAUAUUCAACAUAGUUAUUGACCAAAUUUAUCCAAAUCGAGGUUAUAAUUAUAUUUUCCUAAACAAAGCCAUCAUGAACAACGCCCAGAAGCCUUGGAUAGCACCUCUCACCUCGCCCACCACUUCAACUAUCACGGAUUCUUCGCAGACGAGUUCUGUUGAUGAAUCUCUAAUGGAGCCUGAUACCAAGAAAAUGAGCAGCGGUUCACGUGGCACGGAUCCUCCGCGGAUGAGCUCUCUGAGAGCAUCUCUGGCAGAGUCUGAGACCAUGCCAAGAACGGCCGAUUCACGUGGCACGGAUCCUCCGCGGAUGAGCUCUCUGGAAAAAACUUUGGUAGAACCGGGGACUAAGGAAAAGACAGCCGAUUCCCGUGGCACGGAUCCUCCGGGAAUAAACUCUCUGGAAAAAACUCUCGUAGAACCGGAGACCAAGGUAAAGACCGCCAAUUCCCGUGGCACGGAUCCUCCGCGAAAAGAAUCUCUGGAAGAAUCUCUAGUGAAACCUAAAACCAAUCAAGUGGAAAAGUCAAGGACACGCGAAUCAUGUAACUGUGGUUCUCCGCGAAAAGUUUCUCUGGAAAAUCGUCAAGGGGAAACUAAGACCAACCAGAUGGAAAGGUCAUGGACAAGCGGAUCAUGUAGCUGUGAUUCUCCGCGAAAAGUAUCUCUAGAAAAACGUCCGGUGGAUCCUAAGACCAACCAGAUGGAAAAGUCAGGGACGCGCGGUUCAUCUAGCUCUGGUUCUCCGCGAAAAGAAUCUCUAGAAAAAAGUCUGGUGGAACCUAAGACCAAGCAGGUGGAGAGCCCAAAGAUCGCCUCAACUGGCUGGGUUCCUCAGCAGAAAGAAGCUCUGGAAAAACGUCUGGAACCUGGAGCAAAGCCGAAAUGCACCUGUCGCCACUGUCAACCCAGUCCCAAAACACCUUCUGAAAUCUCGGAACAGAAAUCUCCGGAGCUGUUUGUGGAAGACUCGCAUGAUGAGGAAGAGGUUGUGAAUACGCAUCACUACUCGCAGCAUGACAUCGAAGAGGAGGAUCCAACCCUGGGACGAAUAUUUGGCGUCUCCGGUCCGGUGGUGAAUGCUGAGCAGAUGUCCGGAGCCGCCAUGUACGAGCUUGUGCGUGUAGGCCACUGCCAGCUGGUGGGCGAGAUCAUCCGACUGGAAGGUGACAUGGCCACCAUUCAGGUGUACGAGGACACCUCGGGCGUGAGUGUAGGCGAUCCGGUUUUCCAGACGGGCAAGCCGCUGUCCGUGGAACUGGGUCCCGGCAUCAUGGGCAGUAUCUUUGACGGAAUCCAGCGACCUCUGCGGACGAUCAACGAGCUGACCAACUCCAUCUACGUGCCCAAGGGCAUCGAUGUGCCUAGCCUACCCAGGAACAUCGAAUAUGCCUUUACGCCGGGCCAACUGAAGGAAGGCAGCCUAAUCACGGGUGGUGAUAUCUACGGCUCCGUCUUUGAGAACAGCAUGAUGCAGCACCGGCUAAUGCUGUCUCCCCGUUGCCAGGGGCGCAUCAAGUGGCUGGCUCCCGCGGGUAACUACAGCGUGGAUGAAAAGAUGAUUGAGACUGAGUACAACGACGAGGUAACGGAGCACACCAUGCUCCAGGUGUGGCCGGUGCGCAAGUGUCGUCCCUCGGAUGACAAACUGCCCAGCUACGCUCCUCUCCUCACCGGUCAGCGAGUCCUGGAUGCCUUCUUUCCGUGCGUCCAGGGCGGCACUACUGCCAUUCCGGGGGCCUUUGGAUGUGGCAAGACCGUGAUCUCACAGUCCCUCUCCAAGUACUCCAACUCGGAUGUCAUCAUCUACGUCGGUUGCGGCGAGCGUGGCAACGAGAUGUCCGAGGUACUGCGUGACUUCCCCCAGCUGGAGGCGGAAGUGAAUGGGACCAUGGAGUCCAUUAUGAAGCGCACCGCCCUGGUGGCCAACACUUCCAACAUGCCGGUGGCUGCCCGUGAGGCCUCCAUUUACACGGGGAUUACCCUGUCGGAGUAUUUCCGCGACAUGGGCUACCACGUUUCCAUGAUGGCCGACUCCACCUCACGAUGGGCGGAGGCGCUGCGCGAGAUCUCCGGUCGCCUGGCCGAGAUGCCGGCAGACGCUGGCUAUCCAGCUUACUUGGGCGCCCGACUGGCCUCCUUCUACGAGAGAGCCGGCUUGGUCAAGUGCCUGGGCAGUCCGGAACGAUAUGGAUCCGUGUCCAUUGUUGGCGCAGUGUCGCCGCCCGGCGGUGACUUCUCCGAUCCGGUGACCUCCGCCACGUUAAGCAUCGUCCAGGUGUUCUGGGGUCUGGACAAGAAGCUGGCCCAGCGGAAGCACUUCCCUUCGGUAAACUGGCUGCAGUCGUACUCCAAGUACAUGCGGAUCCUGGACGCUUACUACGAGGAGAUCAAUCCAGAGUUCACCUUGCUGCGGGCUAAGGCUAAGCAGGUGUUGCAGGAGGAGGAUGACCUGGCCGAGAUCGUCCAGCUGGUGGGCAAGUCGUCCCUGAAUGAAACCGAUAAGAUCACGCUCGAGGUGGCCAAGAUGCUGAAGGAUGACUUCCUGCAGCAGAACUCCUACUCGACCUACGAUGCCUACUGUCCCUUCUACAAGACGGUGGGCAUGCUCAGAAACAUGAUGGCCUUCUACGAUGCGGCUAACCGGGCGGUGGAGAACACGGCCGGGGAUGAGGCCCGGGUCACCUGGGGCCUGAUACGGACGCAGGCCGCCAACGUCCUCUACGAGCUGUCCAUGAUGAAGUUCCAAGAUCACAAGAUGGGUCAAGUGGCCAUGGACGAACACAUGGAGAAGCUUCACCAGAAAAUUUUGACCACCUUCCGGGAAAUAGAGGAUAAUGCCGCCUCUUACUAGACGUAUAUUUGGGAAAAUAUUUCCAAAUUACUUGUAGAGUGACAAAUUUUAAGUUAAUGAAAUUUUAAGUUUAUUUGAAUUUUAAAUAUUUAAAGGUAGAAUCACAUAAUUUAAUGGAAAACCAAUAAUAUAAAUAAAUAUUUUAUCCUGUCUGAAA